AUGCCCGACCAGGACUACCGCAACGUCACGUCACCAGGCGGCAAUCUGCCAGGCAAGCGCAGGCCAACCAGCAUUCACGAGAUCGAGGUGUCGAAUCCUACAAAGAAGGAUGAAAUGAACACUGCAGUCAAUGCUAUAAGUAUCCUCACCGAAGGCAUCUGUCAACCUGAACCCGCGCUACUACGACUCCAAGUCGAGCAGUCGAAUGCCCUCAUGGCACUUGUGCGUGCCACCUCAUCUACACAAGCAACGACACAAGUACAAGUUCAGGCACUAACUGUGUCUGUGGAAGAACAGAAGGGAAAACCGGACACUGACCUACUUCGUGAGCUGCGUAACAUUCAGGAACGUGAAACGAAAGAGAGGGCCGACUGGGAACGAACCAUAGAUUCCCGCCUGGCAUCCAUGACACAGAACCAGGCGGCUUGGCAGCGCGAGGUGGAGCUGGACCGAGCGGCCACCAACGCCAAACACGACGAUCGAGCUGUCCACGCCGACAAGGAACGAUUGAUUGAGCUUCAGAGCAUACGAGAACUGAUCAGUCAUCUACGGAGUUCCAACAUUCCAUCAAUCUCUACGGCAACCAAAACAUAUACCACUCCACCAACCGUCACAAGGAAGUUGUUCACGAACCUGCCCCGAGUCGACAACAGUGGCGACAGCGGGGACGACGAAGACGACAACGACGACGGACGCAGUGGCGAGAGUAGUCAAAGAGGCGAUGACCGCGACAACCGCGGCAGGGAACGCAACGGCAAGCCCCACAAGGACGCAAGCGGCGCAGGUGGCGACCCCGACGAGCCAAGCGAUGACGAAAGCAGCGAGGCAGAUGACAUCGAUGCACCGCCGGAUUCCCGAAGACAUCGGGGAGCCAACCCACGCCCACGAAACCCUAAAUUGAAGGACUUCAAGAUUCAACCACUCUUCGAUGGGAAAGAAAAGUACCCGGGAUUAGGCAGCGACUUCCCGAAUUGGCUGUCAAUCUUCGAGGACGCUAUUGCAACCAAUGUAACAUUCUACAACACAACUUGGUCCGAUCAACACAAGUUCUAUGCGCUCAUGCAGAGUCUCACCGGCAACGCUAAGGCGUUCGCUCAAGAUAGCAAGGCCAAGGAACCUACGCAGUCGUACACUAUUAUGUCCGCACGUCUGGAGUCAAACUACUCAACACACCUGACCCAAACGCAACUGAUGACCCUCAUGCAGAAGACCAAGCGCUGGGAGUCGACGUAG